AUGGCCGCCGACGCCACGUACGCGAAGCUGGUGCUGCUCGCCUGGGGGUUCGGCCGGGGCCGCGUCGUGGCCGGGCUCGUCUCCCCGCUCCCGCGCCACUCCACGCACCAACACCAGCGCCGCCUCCGCCGCGUGCUCGCCGUCGCCACCGAGCCCAGGCCCCCUCCCUCGCCGCCGGCCCCACGCACCGGCAGGACCAGGGCCAACACCAUCCAGUCCACCAGGUUCGGGGACGUGUCCAAGGAGAUCAAGCGGGUGCGGAAGCAGAUGGAGGAGGACGAGCAGCUGGCCUCCCUCAUGCGCGGCCUCCACGGCCAGAACCUCCGCGACGACAAGGCUGCAUGUGAAAGAAAGCGAACUUGAGCCAAGGUGAUGGUGAUGGAAAUGAAUGAAAGAAAGAGAAGCUGGAUGCCUACCACAAAGAUGAGC